AUGGCAGCCUACAAUCCAGUCUCAAGCCUACCGCAGACAGUGUGCAGCGUCGCCUUUCUCAAGCGCAAGCCCGGCUUGACGCAAGAAGAGUUCUAUCACCAUUGGGAGAAGGUUCACGGCCCGCUCGUAAAGCCAUGGGCUCAGAAACACGGGUUCAUCUCUUACACCCAGGUACACUCGGCAGAGGCAAUGAACAAAGGAACUGCGCCAAUAGGCCCUGAGUCUAGCGAUGCCAACAAACUUGAGGAAUUCGACGGCUGUGCUGUGUUCGAGUUGCCCAGCUUCGACGUGUUCGCUGCCGCCUUCAAGGACGAGUACUAUCUUCAGGUCAUUGAACCGGAUGAGAAGAACUUCAUCGACAAGAAAGCCGGAGUGGUCAGGUCGAGGGGCGAUAUGAAGAAGAUCCUCUAG